AUGGAAGGAAAAAAAGGUUUUCAUGUACGCUUUGCCGUUUUGGUAGUGUUAUUUUUUAUUAAUUUAAGUUAUUCGAUGACAAGGCAGCAGAUGAAAAAUUCUGGCAAAAUGAUGAAGAAAUCGUGUAUGCCAAAAAAUGACGUCACUGAAGAACAAGUAGGUGAAAUAGAUCAAGGGAAGUUUUUAGAAGAGAAAAAUGUGAUGUGUUACAUAGCGUGCAUCUACCAAAUGACGCAGGUUGUGAAGAACAAUAAAUUGAACUACGACGCUGUUAUCAAGCAAGUGGACAUGAUGUUCCCAGCUGAAUUAAAGGAGCCGGUGAAGGCUGCAGCAGCUCAUUGCAAAGAUGUCGGGAAGAAAUAUAAAGACAUAUGUGAAGCAUCCUACUGGACGGCAAAGUGUAUGUACGAUUUCGACCCUAAAAGUUUUGUGUUCCCUUAG